AUGCCCGACAUCGAGGAGCCGACUGUGGCAGAACCGACGACAAAAAAGGAUGAUGCCGGAACUACAGCAAAAGCGGACAAGGAUCGGGAGACAUCAAGAAGCGCUAGCCCACCAGCUAACCGAUUGAAAUCCGUCGUGACUCGACGGAACGAUACGAUAGAGGAAGGUGAACUGUCCUCGGAACCUUCCUCCUCUAGGUCACGUUCCCGGUCCCGCUCGAAUCGAUCCGACAUCGACAAGAAAUAUGAAUCCCGCAGCAAAAGACACGAACGAGGAGAUGCUAGAAGAAGCCGUUCAAGGCGACGAUCUCGGUCGAGGUCCCGAUCACGUUCGAGGAGUCGAUCACGUCGUCGCCACGGAGGUAACCGAAGACGGCACCGGAAUCGUUCCGAUUCACGAUUGCGUUCCUAUUCUCGAUCCCGCUCAAGAUCUCGUUCUCGGGAUCAACGCCGUUACAACCGUCGAGACGAUGACGCGUACCGAAAGAGGGACUCGGGAAAGGGAAACGAUAACCGCACAAAACCCGACCGAAGAGAGGAGGAAGGUGACGAGUCAUUGCUACGGAAUGAAAAACCGGCGAUCCGCAAAACGGUGGACUUGCUAACGUCCAAAACGGGCGGCGCGUAUAUUCCACCAGCCAAGUUGCGUAUGAUGCAGGCGGAAAUUACGGACAAAGCAUCCGCAGCCUAUCAGCGCAUUUCCUGGGAAGCGCUUAAGAAGUCGAUUCAUGGCUUUAUCAACAAGGUGAACGUGGACAACAUUGGCGUGAUUACGCGCGAGUUGCUGCGGGAAAACAUAAUCCGUGGUCGCGGUUUGCUUUGCCGUUCCAUCAUCCAGGCACAGGCUGCUUCACCCACCUUCACGCACGUCUAUGCAGCGCUAGUAGCGAUCAUAAACUCCAAGUUCCCAAACAUUGGGGAACUGCUGCUACAACGUCUGGUCAUCCAGUUUAAGCGUGGGUUCCGACGCAAUGACAAAUCGAUUUGUCUUUCCGCGUCUCGUUUUGUGGCGCACUUGGUCAAUCAGCGCGUCGCUCAUGAGAUUUUGGCGCUGGAAAUUCUGACCUUGCUUGUUGAAAAUCCGACUGACGAUUCGGUGGAGGUUGCGAUCGCGUUCCUGAAGGAGGUCGGCCAAAAGUUGACGGAAGUGUCGGGCAAGGGUAUAAAUGCGAUUUUUGAAAUGCUUAAAAACAUCCUUCACGAAGGAAAGCUGGACAAGCGCGUACAGUACAUGAUCGAGGUGGUGUUUCAGAUUAGAAAGGACGGGUUCAAGGAUCAUGUUGCGGUGGCUGAUGCACUCGAGCUUGUCGAGGAAGACGAUCAAUUCACUCACUUGAUUAUGCUGGAUGAAGCAACUGACACGCAGGACAUACUGAACGUUUUCAAGGUAGAUCCGGAGUAUGAAGCAAACGAAGCAAAGUAUAAAGAAAUUAGCCGGGAAAUACUCGGCAGCGACGCUGAGGACGACGAUGAGGAUGCAGAUAAGAGUGACUCAUCGAGCGGUGACAGUGAAUCCGAUGACGAUGAAGCUGGCAGUGAUUCGGACGAGGGCGAGAGUGGUAAACAAAAGCAGGACACCAUUAUCGACAACACGGAAACCAAUCUUAUUGCGCUGCGACGUACGAUCUAUCUUACGAUACAUUCCAGUCUCGAUUACGAAGAAUGUGCGCACAAGCUGAUGAAGAUGGAACUGAAGCCGGGACAGGAGCAGGAACUGUGCCACAUGUUUCUCGACUGCUGUGCCGAGCAGCGAACGUACGAAAAAUUCUAUGGUCUGCUUGCGCAACGGUUCUGCAUGAUCAACAAAAUGUACAUCGCACCGUUCGAGCAGAUCUUUCAGGACACGUACACGACGACGCACCGGCUUGACACGAACCGUUUGCGCAAUGUGAGCAAAUUCUUCGCCCAUCUAUUGUUUACCGACUCGAUCGGUUGGGAUGUGCUGCAAUGCAUCCGACUCAACGAGGAAGACACAACCAGCUCGAGCCGAAUAUUCAUAAAGAUCCUCUUUCAAGAGCUGGCCGAAUAUAUGGGACUGUUCAAGCUGAACGCUAGGCUAAAAGAUCCAACGCUGCAGGAACCGUUCUCCGGUCUGUUUCCAAGAGACAACCCGAAAAACACACGCUUUGCCAUCAACUACUUCACCUCGAUCGGGCUCGGUGGGUUAACGGACGAGUUGCGUGAAUUUUUGAAGCAUGCCCCAAAACCGGUCAUUCAACCAUUACCCGCUGCACCGGUUGCCCCGAGCGGUUCGAGUGAUUCCGAUUCCAGCAGUUCUGAUUCUGAUUCGGACAGUACAUCGUCAUCGUCGGAUUCAUCAUCCUCAGAUUCGGACAGUAGCAACAGCAGCAGCACCAGCACGAGCUCCAGCUCUGAAUCGGAGAAAGGAUCAAGCAAACGUAAAAGCCGAAGAAAGAACAAAGAACAGGAAAAAGCUUCAAGCAAACAUAAAAAGCAAGCUGAAAAGAAAAAACAAUCGGAUAAAAAAAGAUCGAUGCGCAGCAAACAAGGGGAUAAGGUUCGUAUCGAAAAGAUGAAAAAGAAGCGAAAUGAUGAAGAAGAAAGAUACGAAGAUAGAAGAAGACAGGAGAAGAAUGAAGAUAGCUCAAAGAAGGGUGAAAGAUGUGGAGGAAGACAUCCGCCGAAUGAGUAUGAAAAUCGUCAACAUCGUCAUCGGGCUGAUGAUGAUGACGGUGGCGAUUUUAGCCGCAGUCGGGAGCAACAAAUUUCCAGGCAUCAUCGGGAUGAAGCGUUGCCGCAAAAACGUCGUGAUCGAGAGCGGGACCAACGCGUUCGAACGCGUGAUUGUGAAACCAAGCGCGACUACGAUCGUCGUGAUCAUCAUCGCGAUCGUGGAUAUGAGCAGCGCCGUUAA